UUUCCCUGGGUCGGUUCCAACCAGGAGUAGUAGGGCUGCCUCCAGACUGGAGAAAGAACCCGGUUCGAUGCGGCCCCGGCGCCCUCCAGGGAAUCCUGGGAAUGGGAUAGUCCUCCUUGAGGGCCGCUGGGGAAGGAGGAGGAGGUCCUCCGUUUCACCCUCCUGUCCAGGAGGCAUUCCCCAAGGCCCUCCAUUUUGAGCAGGACUGGAAAGCACGAAUUGCUCUUUCUAGGAGCGUUGUUUUGGCUCCACAGCAAACCGCCAUCCCCGGGGCUCCCUGGCGUGGCGAUGAGGGAGGAGAGGAGAGCAGCCUCCAUCUUCCCGCCCUGGACGGUGUGGCUCCCUCAGUCAGAGAGCCAGGCGCCUCCUGAGGAGAAGAAAGGGAGCCUCGUCCUCGGAGGAGGAGGAGGAGCCGGAGGAGGAGGAGGCGCCCGUGGGUCGGGUGCGCAGCGGAAGCGGCCGGCGGAGGCAGAAGCAGAGGCUCCCUUCUUGGCGGCCUGGCUGUUGGGCCUCUGCCUGGGGCCUGAGUCGGGAUCCGGGCCCAGGAUGCUCUCCUCCUCCUGCUCCUCCUCCUCGAUUGUUUCACGAAAAAAUCCAGAAGAUGUCCAGGAGAUAGUCGUUUGGAAGAGAUACAGUGACUUUAAGAAAUUGCACAAAGAACUCUGGCAGAUUCAUAAACACUUAUUCAGGCAUACAGAAUUGUUUCCUCCUUUUGCUAGAGCAAUAGUAUUUGGGCGAUUUGAAGAGAGUGUGAUUGAAGAGAGAAGACAGUGUGCAGAAGAUUUGCUUCAGUUUUCUGCCAACAUCCCAGCACUCUAUAAUAGCAAACAGCUUGAAGAUUUCUUUAAGGAUGGAGAAGUACAUGAAGGGUCUGAGCUGAUUGGCCCUGCAGAACCUCUUUUAGAUUCUCUGACAGACAGCUUAUCUAUCUGCAGUUCUGAAGCUCGGAAGGAUGUUGGCGUCCUUGAUGAUGUUACACAUAGCCAAUCAGAAUAUGGAGGUUUCUCCAGUGACAGUGACUUAAUUUCUUUGACUGUGGAUGUGGACUCUCUUGCUGAGUUAGAUGAUGGAAUGGCAUCUAACCAGAAUUCUCCCAGUCGAUCCCUUGGCCUCAGCUUUACCUCUGAACCUCCAGCACAAGCCUCUGCCUUUUCAGAUCACGAAUGGAGCAAACCUGAUGGUGAGAGAGAAAGCCGUGGUCUGUUUACUGGGAGCUUAAAGGCUAGGCUUGGCAGGAGAGACUACCUGGACAAAGCAGGGGAGCUGAUAAAGCUGGCCUUAAAGAAGGAAGAAGAAGAAGACUAUGAGGCUGCCUAUGGUUUUUACAGGAAAGGAGUGGACCUGCUCCUGGAAGGUGUUCAAGGGGAAUCAAGUCCAACCCGUCGUGAAGCAGUGAAGAGGAAGACUUCAGAAUAUUUGAUGAGAGCAGAAAAAAUUUCCAGCCUGUAUUGCCGACCCUCCUCAGAAGAUGGUUCAACAUCUGGGCCUCCAGGAUCACUAAGUUCAAGGCCCUCUUGGAACCUAAGGAGCCCUGCCGAGGAACUGAAGGCCUUUAGAGUCCUUGGGGUGAUUGACAAGGUUUUGCUUGUAAUGGACACUAGAACUCAGGAGACAUUUAUACUUAAGGGUCUAAGGAAAAGUAGCGAGUACAGCAGGAAGAGAAAGACCAUCAUUCCCCGUUGCGUGCCCAACAUGGUGGCUCUGCACAAGUACAUCAUCUCGGAGGAAUCGGUGUUCCUCGUGCUGCACCAUGCUCAAGGAGGCAAACUGUGGUCUUAUAUCAGUAAGUUUUUGAACAGGAGCCCUGAAGAAAGCUUUGAUGUCCCUAAAUCUAGAAGAUCCAGUUCUACCAAAAUACAUUUGCAUCAAGCAACUCCUAGUCCCCAAGAUGGUGGAGGUAGCAUUGAUUCUAGAGGAAGCAAUGAUGGGAGCAUGCUGAAGGUUUUACCACUGAAGACCAGUCUCACUCCAAGUUCUCACGAUGGUAGUAGUAACCAGGAAGAUGGCCAAGAAAAUUCUCCUAAGUGGAUUGAUUCUGGGUCCAGUUCAGAGGAAGAAUGCACUACAAGUUAUUUAACAUUAUGCAAUGAAUAUGGACAAGAAAAGGUUGAUCCCAGUUCAUUAAAUGAGGAACCUAUCCUGAAAGCAGAUGAUGACAUUCUCACUACCAAAGAGUCAGCUGGCUUCCAGGCACACACUGUUGUUGUCGGUGGGAAUUUGGGAUCUGCAUUGACAUCUCAGGAAGUAAACAUUUUUGCUGAUGAUGCUGAUCCUGAAAGAGCCAGCCCUACUAGAAUAUCAGAAUCGCUAAGUAAAUCUAAGAACAGCCCCAUGGAAUUAUUCAGAAUUGACAGUAAAGACAGUACCACUGAACUUCUGGGGCUUGAUUUUGGAGAUAAACUUUAUAGCUUAAAAUCAGAAUCAUUAAAACAGUUUUUGUCUAUGCCAAAUCGAGAGAAAGGCCUUGAUGCUAUAGAAAAUGAAUUGGGCCCUGCAUGUCACGAUACGAUCAGUAGGGGUUCAAAUGAUUCUGUGCCAGUGAUCUCUUUUAAGGAUGUAGCCUUUGAUGAUGUCAGUAGUGUGGAUGAAGGAAGGCCUGACCUUCUGGUGAAUUUACCAGGCAUAAUAGAGCCAACAAAAGAAACUAUAGUGGAUGGUCCUUCCAAGCCGAUGGAGCAGAAUGGAGACAUUUUGGAAAACAAACAUUUGGAAACCCCAGAUGUCUUGCAACUGAACAACAGUGCAGAGCCAUGUAAAGUGCUUGAGCAAAAGAUAGACCAUUUGGCUGGAGAAGAUACAAGAGUGCAGCACAGUGACAACCAGGAAACAGUCAGGACAUUCCAUAUGACUACCAGUGACCCAACUGGAUUUGGUGAUAGAACUCAUUUUCAAGGGCCUGGAAUAGGAGCAUCUUCAUCAUUGGAUUCAUUCAGCAGGGAAGACAGGUGGUUGACAUAUAAAACGAAAGUGAGCACUAAAGUAUGUAAACCAGAUAUAGACAGUGAAGCUCUUUUGCUGUUUUCUGAUCAUAUUGAAGACUCCCAGAAAGAGGAAACGGUUCCAUCUCUGUUGCACAAAGCAGAAAGCAAAGAGUCAGAUAUGAGAGUCCGAGGAGAGAAUGAAAUACACCAAAUUUUUCAGGACCUUGAUGAGAGAUUAGCACUAACCUCCAGGUUUUACCUCCCAGAGGACUGCGUUCAAAGAUGGGCAGCUGAAAUGGUUGUAGCCCUUGAUGCCUUGCAUCGAGAAGGAAUUGUGUGCCGUGAUUUGAACCCAAACAACAUCUUAUUGAAUGAUCGAGGACACAUUCAGCUAACGUAUUUUAGCAGGUGGAGUGAGGUUGAAGAUUCCUGUGACAACGAUGCCAUAGAGAGAAUGUACUGUGCCCCAGAAGUUGGUGUUGUCUUUGAAGAAACAGAGGCUUGUGACUGGUGGAGUCUGGGCGCCCUUCUCUUUGAACUCCUUACUGGGAAGACUCUGGUUGAGUGCCACCCAGCUGGUAUAAAUACCCAUACCUGUUUGAAUUUGCCAGAUCACAUCUCAGAAGAGGCCAGAUCACUUCUGCAGCAGCUUUUGCAGUUCAAUUCUGGGGAGCGUCUUGGUGCUGGAAUUGCUGGAGUGGAAGACAUCAAAUCUCAUCCAUUUUUUGCCCUCAUCGACUGGGCAGAAUUAACAAAGUGAAAGAUUCCAUGAGUUUUCUGCCCAUGUUUAUGACUUUUGACAGAGACUUUUUUGGCCUGCUGCCAUUGUAAAACCCUUCAUAUGUCUUGGGCAAGGAUGAAUAAAGCUGAGAAUUGGGACAGCAACACAAAAAAAAGAGAACUGUUUCAACCAGAAUAAAUGACUAGGCAAAAGUCAGGUGUGAUCUACACUACUGAGCACUGAAAUCAGUCUUCUUGGAGGCUGGAAAGCAGUGAGAAAAAAAUGAUAGAACAUCAAGAACAUCCCAUCCCACUCUCUACAGUGUUUUGGAAACAAGUGACAUUGUAGUGUCAUACAUUUCCUUAACCUUUUGCAUUAUUCCAGCCACUUGGGGUUGAGAUGGAGAAGGCAUGAAAAGCAGAAGAUCAACACAAGAGUAAAGUUUUUGGCAGCAACACUAUUCUUGCAACCACAUCUAGUUCCUUAAUGUGGAAUUAUAUAAAAGACACAUUUACUCCUUGGCAUUGCUUAUUUUUUUAAAGUGAUGAUAGUGUGAAACUGCUAUUGUACAUGCCAGCUCCUAUUAUAUAUGCCAGUUAAAAACAAUUCUUCUCCCUUUUUAUAGCAUCAAAAUACUUCUUCCCUUAGCUAGGUAAACCUGUGAUAGGUAGGAAGCUGUGGAAUGGGAAAAGAAUAACUUAUUAAUGACAUACACAAAAUAAAAUACUAUGGUGCCUCAGCAAUCUCCAUGUGAAGAAGAAAUGAAAACUCUCAUAGUAUCAUGCAAUGUAACAUCAAAAUGACUGCAUAUCAUCUGCCACAAGAUCAAGGAGGGUAAUCCUGCUAUUGUAUCUUGUGUUUUAUUGUUGGUAAUGUUUGUUUUAAAGCACUAACUCUUUAACCCCAAGUAAAUUAUGUCUUUUAACUCACUACAAGGCAGUAAGUUUUCUCUCAGCCAGAUACUGAUUGCAUUAGUAAUUUAACUUGGACCAGUGCAGAAUAAACAUAUGUAUAUACGAUGCUUUAAGACAACACUGAGCUGCCACAUUUUGGUUAUUCAGAGGUUGUUGGGCUGAAACUCUUGUUGGCCUUAACCAGUGUAACCAACAUUGCAGGAGGGUGGGAAUUGUGCAACAGCACCUGGAAGACCACACAGGACAUUUUAGAUUUGAUCUGUACAGGAAGGUAAAUCUGAUAGUACAGAGUUUUUGAGUCUGUAGAAUCUCAAGUCACCGGUGGGUACCUUCAACAUUUGGAUGUUUUCCCAAAUGAAAAACUUUUUGACCAUGAAAAAACUGGCAUAUAUCAGGCAGGAGAAGGUAAUGUGGGGUAGUGGUUUGAGUGUUGGACUAGGACUGUGGGAGACCAUGGUUCAACUCUCUCCCCACUUAGCUAUGGAAGCCUACAGGGAGACCUUGGGCAGGUGACACUCUCUUAGCUUCAGUGGAAGGCAAUACCAACCUCCUCUGAAUAAAUCUUGCCAAGAAAACCUUAUGAUAUAGUCUCCAAAUAUUGGAAUUGACUUGAAGUUACAAAACAAUAACAGUCAGGCAAGGAGAAUGUUGUCCAGCCUGUUUCCUGCUGCCUUCGCUUUCUAGGGAGCAGGUUCUCAUGUUUUUCUUUUGUGUUACUUUUUGUUUACGUGGGGAGUGUUCAGCUGUGAAGAGCCUCACUGCAGACUGAAAGACCAUAGGUACAAGAACUCAGUAUUUCAUAAUUUUAUUUGCAUGUGCAGAUAAGCAUUUGUUUUUGAAAAUGUCAUUUUGUCUGUUCCCAGAUUCCACUGUCACUCAGUUUUUUUGUUGAGAAACAGUAAAUUUGUAUCUGGUUUUGUUGUGGUACUGUGUAUCCCUCCUAAGGAGGAGACAGCCUCCAAAUAAAACGGUUUAAUUGAA